AUGUGUGAUCAGGAGUUCAGAACAUUACGAAUCGAUCCUCGAUACCCAUUUCAAAACCAGACUAAGGCUUGCUACGAUAACUACUGCGACUAUUAUAAAUGCAUCCGUCUUCUGGGCGAUGUAGACGAUUGCAAGAUAUUCAAAAGAUACUUCCAGACCAUCUGCCCCAACUUUUGGAUCGAACAUUGGGAUGAUCUCCGGGAGAAGGGAGCUUUCCCUGGACCGAUUUAA